AUGGAUUCUGACGAUAGUUCAUCAGAUAAGAACGCUCCGUCUGGAUACGAAACUUCUUCUUCAACGGCCAAGGAUUCUUCUUCAGAUCCUUCAUCAGAAUCGAACGUUCCCUCUGUUGUACCUUCAGAUCCUUCAUCAGACUCGACCGUUACCUCAGAUCCUUUACCAGCAUCGAACGUUCCCUCACGUGGCGAACCUUCUUCUUCAGCUCCCUUAACAUCUUCAGAUCCUUCAGCAGAAGCGUACAUUCCCUAUGCCCAACAGCUUGAAAGGCGCAGUUUAAGUUCUGGAGGUAGCUCAGAAGAUGAAAGAGGUCCCUCAGGGUUAACCAGUGAUGAAUUGAUUUUUAAGGCUUUAGAAACAAUCUAUGAAGAUGGAACUGGUCUUGAUUUCGAUGAUAUUUACAAUUUUAUCGAGGACAGGUUCGACGUAGUGGAUGAUUUUAGGGAGCAGUUGGAAGCCCAGCUGGAAGCUCUAGUUGCUGAAGGCCAAGUACAAAAGGUAGGAGACCGCUACAGGAUCCGCCCUGUUGAUUUUGAUAUUCCGACUCCACCACCAGCCAGGAAUGCAGAAGAGGCGACGAGCGCGAAGCCACUAAACACUACUUCCCCAAGUACUUCUGCUACUUCCGUACCAAAACCACCAGAAGAGAAUCCUCAGAUAGACGCAGCAGUAAAAGAAGUCGCAGAGGCAGAACAGUUGGAGCGUCAAGCAAAAGAGGCACAAGACCUUGCCUAUAAACACGAGCAGGUGCUAAAGUUUGAAAGCCAACUAAACCUGCAGCUAGCCGAAGAGAUCCUUAACCGAUGUGCUAAUGGUCAAAAGGUUUUCCUGCGGAAAAAAGAUUGA